CGUCACAAAUUGGCUCAACCAUGGUCUGCGAAAGAUAAAGUGGUUCUUAUAACUGGUGCCUCAAGCGGAAUAGGUCGAUCAUUAGCUCACUUAUUCGCAAAACAAGAAGAUGCAUUAAUUAAUGUGGCUAAUGAAUGUCGAGAUCAAUAUGGAGCAACUAAAGUAGUAACCAUUAAAUGUGAUGUUUCUGAUGAAAAUGAUGUUUCAAAAUUGAUUAAAACGGUUGAAGAUUCAUUUAAUAAAUUGGAUUGUUUGAUUUUAAAUGCUGGAGUAUCUAUGGGUGAACGAUUUGAAAGUAUCUCCGAUUAUAAAAUGAUUAAGACAAUUAUGGAUAUUAAUUAUUUUGGAUCAACUUAUAUCACAUAUAAAGCUUUAAAUCUUCUGAAAAAUUCUAAAGGUGGUAGAAUUGUGGUGGAUGCUGUGAAAACUGAAAUAAAUGACAAUCGAUUAGGUAAAAGUCCAUCAAAGUUGGAUAUGACGAGUGCGAUGUCAUCUGAUGAAUGCGCAAAUAUAAUUUAUAAAGGUGUUGUCAGAGGUGAUAAGGAAAUUUUAUUUGUUGCUAGAGGAAAAUUUGCACGGAUGAUGGAAGGUGUUUUCCCGGAUGCGUGGUCUUAUUUAACAAGAAAAUAUUCUUGGAAAGCAGUUGCAUCUAAUUCUUGA